AUGGAAACACCAGUUUACAGAUCAUUGUUUGAUUCAGCGAUCAAAGACUGGCCUAUGUAUAAGCUAGAAAUGGCCAUCGAUGAAGUGUACAAGGAUUCAGUGAGGUUAAUGAUCAAAGGAAACAAUAUUGAGCUAGAAAAAAUCAGCACAAUUGUUACAGCCAUAGAUCUCUCAAGCUGCCAUUUUGAAGGUGACAUUCUGAAAUCACUAAAGGAUCUCGGUUCACUUUGGGAAUUGACAAGAAUGAACUUUCUGGCGUUCUUAAACCUCUCUCAAAACCAGCUCGUUGGACGCAUUCCUCACGGUUCACAAUUCAACACAUUUGAAAAUGACUCGUAUGGUGGCAACCUUGAUUUAUGUGGUGCUCCUUUGUCAAAGCAAUGUGGAACGAGUGAUCGCUCGCAUGUUCCUCAAUCACUGGAGGAAGAAGCAGAAGAAGAUGAGUCAUAUUUCUUAAGUGGAUUUACGUGGGAAUCAGUAGUCAUAGGCUACAGUUUUGGACUAGUUGUUGGAACUGUCACGUGGAGCCUCAUGUUUAAUUAUCCUGGACUCAUUCCUCAAGGUUCACAGUUCAACACAUUUGAAAAUGACUUGUAUGGUGGCAACCUAGAUUUAUGUGGUCCUCCUUUAUCUAAGCAACGUGGAACGGGUGAUCCGUUGCAUAUUCCUCAACCAUUGGGGGAAGAAGAAGAGGAUGAGACAUAUUUUUUUAGUGGAUUUACGUGGGAAUCAGUAGUCAUAGGCUACAGUUUUGGACUUGUUGUUGGAACUGUUGCGUGGGACCUCAUGUUUAGCUGUGGAUGUUUUUCUUCAUCCUCUGUUCAUCAUCUUUGCCCUCCCACUGAAUCUUCUGCUUUGCUUCAGUUCAAACAACCCUUUGAGAUUAUAUCCAAAGGUAUAUCCCUCUGUGAUACUUAUUUCCCAAAAACAAAGUCUUGGAAUGAGGGCAAGGAUUGCUGCACUUGGGACGGGGUCACUUGUGACAUGUUAACCGGUCAUGUUAUCGAGUUGGACCUUAGUUGCAGUCACCUUAAUGGAAGGGGAAUCCCAACAGAAAUCUCAUACCUUUCCAAUUUGGUUUCACUUGAUCUUUCUUAUAGUUAUGGAUUCCAACUUGAUGAGAGAACAUUUGAAACAAUGCUUCACAACUUGACAAAUCUGGAGGUACUUUCUCUCUUUUAUGUCAACAUCUCAUCUCCGAUACCUACGAAUAUGUCUUCCUCCUCCUUAAGGUAUGUGGAUCUUGAAUCAACCAAUUUGCAAGGUGUUCUCACAGAGAGCUUUUUCCUUCUGCCAAACUUGGAAACACUCAAAUUGGGUUACAAUGAUCUUCUCAAAGGAGAUUUACCAGAGAUCCACCCGAGCAACACUCUGUUGGAGUUGAGUAUUGCACACACAGGCAUCUCCGGUGAGCUUCCUGAUUCAAUUGGCACCUUGAGUUCCUUGAAUAUCUUGGACCUCUAUGGAUGUCAAUUCUCUGGUUCAAUUCCUGAUUCCAUUGGCAACCUAACACAAAUUAGGGAGUUAUGGUUUUCGGGCCACCUACCGCAAUUUCAUUACUAUAGUCUACAGUAUCUUGAUCUGAAAUUUAACUCCCUUCAGGGUCCACUACCUUCAUCCAUUUGUAACAUGAACUCGCUUACCUUAUUAGAUUUAUCACGCAACAACUUCAGUAACUCGGUUCCACCUUGCUUGGGAAGCAUGGCUAGUCUAAUGGUGCUGGACUUAAGAAGGAACAAUUUCACAAGGAGUCUUCCCCCAUUAUGUGCACACAGCACUUCAUUGAGUACCAUUGUCGUAAAUGGUAAUCGAUUUGAAGGACCUGUCCCUGUGUCGUUGCUCAAAUGUAAUCUUCUAGAAGUCCUUGAUGUGGGGAACAAUGCUAUAAAUGACACGUUUCCAGCUUGGCUCGGAACUCUUCAAGAGCUGCAGGUCCUUGUAUUAAAGUCGAACAAGUUUCAUGGACCUAUAAGUACGUGUCAGACUAAGUUUUGUUUUCCCAAGUUGCGAAUUUUCGAUCUUUCUUGUAAUGAAUUCAGUGGUUCACUUCCUGCAAAAGUUUUUAGAAACUUCAAGGCAAUGAGCAAAUUAGAUGGUGAAGACACAGGAAAUAUCGAGUACAUGAUAUCCGUGUUGAUUUCACCAUUUGCCAUAUUGUAUGAGGAUUCAGUGAGUUUGGUAAUCAAAGGGCAGGAUAUUGAGCUACAAAGAAUCAGCACAAUUGAGACAGCCAUAGAUCUCUCAAGCAACCAUUUUGAAGGUGACAUUCCGAAAUCACUAAAGGAUCUCAGCUCACUUAGGCUACUCAAUUUAUCCCAUAACAAUCUCACAGGUCAUAUUCCAAUGGAACUGGGACAAUUGAAUAUGCUUGAAGCAUUAGAUCUCUCCUGGAAUCGGCUCACUGGAAAGAUUCCAAGGGAAUUGACAAGAAUGAACUUUCUAGCAGUCUUAAACCUCUCUCAAAAUCAUCUCGUUGGACCAAUUCCUCACGGUCCACAAUUCAACACAUUUGAAAAUGACUCAUAUGGUGGCAACCUUGAUUUAUGUGGUCCUCCUUUAUCAAAGCAAUGUGGAACGGGUGAUCCAUUGCAUAUUCCUCAACCAUUGGAGGAAGAAGAAGAGGACGAGACAUAUUUUUUUAGUGGAUUUACAUGGGAAUCAGUAGUCAUGGGCUACAGUUUUGGACUUGUUGUUGGAACUAUUGCGUGGAACCUCAUGUUUAAAGCUGGUAAGCCAAAAUGGUUUGUGGAAUUUUUCCAAGGCAUUAUUCCCNAGCCAACAAACGGAGAAAACAAACAAGUAGGUAUAUGA